ACCGAUCACGUUCGAGAAUUUUUUAUAAAUGCGACUAUACAAAAUAUAGCUUACAUGGUAAUAUCUGUUGCAGUUGUUAUACCACAAUCCUUAGUCGUGUACGCAUUAGACGGUUUGAGACGUGGAAGAGACAUCAGCCGAACUAAGGCCCCAUCAGCUUCUCUCAUGGGUGUGGGUACUGCCCAAGGCCCAGAUGGUCGCCGGGACGGAUCUUUACGGUUCUAUGGGCGACGAAACAGCUACGUUGAAAUUCCUAACACUGGAAAAUUGGACGUUAGAUACUCAAUAACCAUCCUUAUUUGGGUGUUCCAUGAAGGCGUAUCAGGGCCUAUCUUUAAUUACAAUCCACGAGGCUUCGGCGUCCACUUAUGGAUGACAGGUCGGCGCCAACUUUUCGCGCGCUUUGUGACACGGUCGCGGCGUUUUACGAGGCCGAUUACAAGUGGACGUAUGAAAUACAAGGCUUGGAACUAUGUGGGUGCAACCUACGACCGAAGGACUCGCAUUGCCACCCUGUACAUUAACUCGAUACCAGUUGCAUAUAGAAGAAUCGGCCGCAUACAGUUAUCCACCAACUAUCCCGUGAGGCUUGGCGCUCGGAUUGGCGACAGGCGUUACUUCCAUGGAAGACUCUUUUGUGCGCAGGUCUACAGCCGUGCGCUUAACAAGAAACAGAUUUUCCGGGCCAAGAGGAGGUGCUUUCUACCAGUUCCACCUCCUACUGUUCCUCCCAAGCCUAGUCCAACACCAGCCCCACGUGUUUGUAGGCAGCGAAUCGAUCUUGGCUUCCUCGUUGACGCAUCCCGCAGCAGAUACGGUUCCCGCGCGAUCCUGCGAUUCAUCAAGGACACAAUCAGGCGUUUUGAAGUAUCCGUCUCCAAAACGAGAAUCGGCAUCGUACAGUUCACCUCUAGAGUCAGGCUGAUCUUGCGCUUUGGGAGAACUUACAAUCCAGUACGAAUUGGCAGACUAAUAGACCAGAUCCAAUUGAACGGUCGCGGGGGUAGAUACCUAGGAAAAGCUCUGAGUUACACAGAGCGGUAUCUGUUUAGAAGCAGACCUCGUUGCGGACGCAGAAGGGUCCUCAUUGUUUUGACAACAGGAGAGUCGCGCGAUGCCGUAAAAAUGCCGGCAGGACGCUUGUUUUCAUCCGGUGUUGAAAUUUAUGCGAUUGGUCUGGGUACAGUGAGGAGGAAAUCACUGCAGCGUAUUGCUACUGUGUGUAAACAGGUGUUUAGAGUCCAUACAAGACAACUGGUGUCACUUAGUAGAAUAAUCCAAGACAAGAUUUGCAGUUCAACAGUAAUCGUAUCAAGUGGAGCUGUGGCUCUUUACCCAUUUACGAGUGCCUCAAGCGGACGUGACGCUAGCAAGUACAGGAACCCGACGGCAAAGAUAAAGGGGCUCUCAUUCAUUCAAGGCCCGGACGGACAUCCACAGGGAGCUUACUAUUUCCCAGGGCUACGAAGAACAAGAGGGAGAAGAAGAAGAGGAAGCUAUGCUUUGAUUCCAAACGACGGGUGUCUAGACACACGGUACUCUAUAACGAUCAUUGCCUGGAUCUACCCGGAGAAACCUGGACCCAUAGUACACUACAAUCCCAAGGGAUGGGGCCUCCAUUUGUGGCUGACCCAUCCCAACGAACUCUACUUCCGGUUGAUGCCGAGGCGAGGCUCGCGUCGUAAUGUGAAACCGCUGACAACCCGAAGCCUAAAGCGGUACACUUGGAACUACAUCACUGCUACUUACGACCAUCGCACAGGUCUUGCAACUCUUUGGAUCAAUGGGAACCCUGUAUCUUAAAGGAAUGUCGGAAAAUUCACUCUGGGGCUCGCUACUAACUAUCCUGUCAUUGUGGGUCAGAGACCAGGGGACCGUCGCGUGUUUCGUGGGCGUAUUGCUUGUUUGCAGAUAUAUAACAGGGCCUUAACGCGAGCACAGAUUGUUACUAGGCAGAGGCAGUGCUUCAGAACAGGUACUUAAAAGAUACUGAAGAGGUUGUCUGCUCUUUUUAAAAUUAGCAACGAAGGAAUAGGAGAUGAGACUUUAAACGAGAUUUUAACGAGAUUCAAGCAUAAUAACUCUACUUGCCCUCCCCACCGUGAUGUUCUUCCAACAGAGAAUAUCUACACUGGAAGCUUCAAAUAACAGCUUUUAUUAAAAGUUAAUUUGUUUGUCGGUCAAAUUUCUUUCGUCAGUAUU